AUGAUCAAGAAGAGGAAAAGAAGAGAAAAAGAAAAGGGAGUUGGAUGGAAGAAGAAAAGAAAAAAUGAAGGAGAAGAAGAAGCAAAAAAGAUGUUGUUACACAGCAAGAUGGGUGAGACAAGAGAGAUAUGCAAAGAGGCAGCCAAUGCAGCGACAGUCCAACGAGACCAGGUAUCUUCUUCCCCGGGUGAAGAGGAAGAAGACGAGCCUGAGCAAUUGACGGCUCCUUCGAUGCAGUGGAGGAGCAGAUGUUUUGAUACGGGCAGGCAGCUGAAAACAAAGCCGGGGAAGAAGCGAGGACGGGGAGAGCCAGCAGGAGCCCCAAAGCCCGAGCCAGCGACUGCUCUCCUCCGGCCAAAACAAACAGACAGACAGCCUCUCACCGCCGAGACGAGCCGAGUCUCGACGCCCCAGGUGAAUCGCCGUCCGGUCUCUCGCAGUCCCCGCGCCCGCCGUCGUCGAGUCGUCGAGAGUCGCAAAGUCGAAGAAGCGUUGUUGUUGUCGAUGUUUGUCUCUUCGCUCGACUUUCGACGUCCUCGACCUUCCGCUUUCCGCCCCGCGCAAGGAAAGAAACGCCGAGAUCCGAGGUCAUGUGAUGUCCCGUCCUUGCUCUAA